CAUCCUUCUCAGCAGUGCUGCUGCCAAGGCAGUUUUCCCCCAUUCUGUAUUUGUACAUUUGAUUUUUCUUCCCUAGGUGUAGCACCUUACAUUUGUCUUUGUUGAAUUUCAUUUUGUUGUCUAAAGUCCAGUCAACAAAAUGUCUUCACAGUGUCCAUUUUUGGUUAUGUGAGGAGCAGAGCAUUGUUUGUUCACGAGAGAAGAGACAGUUGCUAAUGAACACCAGGCAUAAUUAUUAUUGCGCUAAGAUGUUGCAAGUGCUCAGCACCUCUCAGGAGUUAGCCUGUAUUUGUUAUUAUUUAGAUAGUGUUUGUGUAGCUUUACAGAGAAGUAGGAAGACAAGAUCUAUUCUGACAUGAACAGAGAUCGGAUGCUCUGCAAAUACUAAUCUCUCCCUCUCUUUCUCUCAGCCUGUUUCUGAGUGAUUUGCCUUGAUCUGGCCCACUGCUCACCUGCCUCUUAUCAAUGUUUCUUCCUUUCCUGUAGCAGUCGGAUGGGCCAGGAAAGGUUGAAGACUCCUCCAGAGCUUCCACAUGAUGUAGCAAUAUUGGAUAUUUUAAUGUCAAGUCUGAACUAAAUGCAUUCGUGUAUAUGGAAUAAAACAUGGAACCUAUGUGAGCUCUGGAAAAAGGCAGAGGUGAUGCUGAAUGAGUGCAGGAAAUAGCAGUAUACAGGGGGUGAAAAGCUCACUUUCGUGAUCUCUCCUUCCUCCAGGAUCUGCUUUCCUGCUCCCUUUUUAGCCUGGCAUAGUAGGCUAUUUUUUCCCUUGGGAGAGGAGUCUUUUGAACCUCUUGUACACUGAUCAAGCCAUUUGUGAAUUGAUAGAUCAAGCAAAAUUUCUUGAAGCUUGUAAUCACAUUUAUGAUCUGGAACAAUCUGAACAUAAGAGUGAAAUAAAGAUUGACUUACUUUACAAAAAAGUAGCAGAAAGAAUGUGGUCAGUUGUACAAGAAGCAAUCAGUGGAAGCGAUAGUAUGUUUCUGGAGCCACUGAAAUCAGUAGGUGAAUCACUGAAGUGGGAGAAAGAGAAAGAAAAAGAAUGGUUUGACCGUGUCAAAGACAUGGAAUCUGUUUCAACCUGGAGCCCAAAAUACUGGAAUAAAGAUCUGGAGAAACUGCUAAUGGAGUGCAUGGCAACACAGAUUCCCUCCUUUGUGUCUGCUAGCAACACAGAUGAGUCUGCAUUAAAAGAUCAUCUAAGUCAGUUGGAAACCACAAUUUUUCCCAACCUGAGAUGCAAAAGAGAUGUCUUCAAAGAAGCAGGAUUGCUCACUAUCUAUACAAAAUGUUGUCAUGCCUGUUUGUCUUCUCAACUUUCCACACUUACAGACGGUGAUAUGAGCUUCAGCAAAUGUCUUCUCAUUUAUGAAUGGGGCUUUAAUAUGUACAGAAGUGAGAAGCUGCUGAUGCCCCGCUGGACUCCACGGCAGAUGCUCUUAGCUGAUGCGUAUGUUCUCAAGUGGAAUUUUUCAAAUGUGGAGGAAAAGCUGCUCACAGUCAUCCAGAAGGAAGUAAGAGAAGCGCUCAGACAAGUAAUUACCGCAGGGGGAAAACCCUAUACAGACACAACAAUCAUUCAGGUAUUAACAGGGAGGGCACAGGCAGUCCAGCAUAUCAGUGAUAUCAUAAAAGACAAGGUGGAAGCUGUAUGUUUGGGAGAACUUCUGCAUUUUCUGCAUAGCUAUAAACAUGAAGUAAGAAGCCUUCUCCAACUUGACACCUUUUCUGAGACCGACAGCAAUUUGCAAAUACUUGAGAACUGCUGCAUUUUCAGAGCUGCUUGGCAUAAGCUAACGUACAUCUAUCAUGCUAGUGCUGACACUGAUGCUAAAGUGAAGGAAUUUAUAGACAGUACAGAAGAACAGAGUAGAGAACUUCUUCUGCAGGCAAUUACUUCUAAAGUCAAGGUGGCACUGAAGGGUCACUUCAGAAAAGGUCAUAGUGAUUUUGACAGAUUUCUAGACUGCUUACGGUCCAGUUUUUCAAGGUUUGAAAUGAAAAAUACAGAGACCUAUAAGACCCUCAUCCAGACUGUCCACCACAGCAUUGUCACUGAGUAUGUUCAGGCUCUCCUAACUGCUUCUGGGAAGUCAUCUUCUGCAAAGCGGAGGAAAAUUGCCAACAAAAUUGAAGCAGAUCACAGGGCAAUGCAAACGCUCUUUGAAGAAUGCUUCGGCCCUAGAACUGCUUCACUGGAUGAUCCUAUUGAAGGAAUCCUGGAGUUUAUUCUACUUACUGACAUCGAAGCAAUGAAAAUACAGCUUGUGAUUCUUCUCCACAAGUUUCCAGAUAUAAGGAAAGAACAUCUGAAUAUAAUCUUGGACAUCAAAGGAACUCUCAGUUGGACAGACAGAAAUGCUAUGUUGGAGGUGGUUUAUGAGAAUUAUGUGGAAGCUGAAAGAGGACACAAUUUGUUUUUUGAAGAGAUAGAAAUAAAAGCUGGAAAAUAUGGAGCCUGUGGCUGCUGCUGCUGUUAGGAAAGGUCUAAUAUGGAAAGUCAGAGGCCACCCUCCUUGCCUGUGUCACAAAGGCUCCAUCAUCAGCAGGCAACAUCUGAGAUCACAGCUACUUGAAAGUUGCGCAGAAUGGCAAACAGUAUUUGUCUGCUGAAAACAGCCUGCAGGCCAUGUGAGAACAUGUGCCAGAGUGUUUCAAGACAAGAAGAUCACAUAAACCCAAACCAUGGUUCCCUGCAUGAAGUCCAACUGAAAAGGGGAAUGCACAUGGGUUAGAAUCCACCUCAAACCUGCAGCUAGAUUCUUGCUUAGCUGGGCUAUGGCUGCUAGGGAGAGAAGCACUGGACAGAGCCACAUCUUGCUUCAGUAGGGGAUUGGGUCAGUAAGCCCCUGCCAUUUCCCCAGUCCUUCUACAAUGCUCCUUUCCACAGUCCUGCACAGAGAGCCAUUAUGUAGAAUGCUCCGCGGCAUGCAGAGGGCUGCGGAAGCCUUUUGGCGCAUGGUUACUACCUAGCAUCCUGCUCAGCCGGAAGGUGGCAUUUCCACAGCAUUUGGGGUCUUGCAUGCCCACAGAGUGGAAGUAGGAUGUGGCACUUAGCUUUUGUGUCCCAUUCAGUUGCUUAAAUGGAAAGCCAUACUAAUAGCACAGAACUUGCAUCAAUCCCCAGUAGCCCAUUACAAUGGAUUGUGGACAUAGUGUAAUUAGUAUCUUAGUUUUAGAACUGGCUUCAGAGCCGAGUUUGUCUUUCCAUCCAUAUAACUCCAUAACUUCCAUCCAUAUAACGAAAAUUUCCCCUGCUGUAAAACUCUAAUUUCUUUAACAUGGAAAUUUUUGCUGUGGAAAUCUCACGUGCAGUGGAUAGUUAAAAUAGCUGUUUCCACUCUGGGUCGGUGUGAACUUCUUUCAGAUGUGAAUAGACAAGAAGUACAGUAUGGGAAAAUAAUAGCCCUUCUUUUUGCCCAUGUAUAGGCUGGUCACAAUCUCAGAGCUGGAUUUGGUUCAAGGCCUCAUUUGCUAUUGUAUUAAUAUAGGUCACUGCCAUUCUGAUAAGUGUAAACAAAUUAGCCGUGCAAAAAAGAACUGCUAUUAUCAGAUACUCUUCAACUCUUGUAGGCAGCCAUUCUGCUUCAGUGACAGCUUCCUCAAACAUGGCUUUUCACCCCUGUUUUGUUGGCAGUUCAAUGUGCUCAUGAUUAAUUAGGAAUGGAACAAGAGAAGCAAGUUGGUUUUUGUGUGUAUGGAAAAACUUGUAAUCAAGCUGCCCCGUGAGAUGUUUGGGGGAAAGACCCCUAAAUCAAAAUGAAAUUUUAAAAGGUGUCACACUAUAAAACUAUAAACUCUCAUCUGUGCUCUUUGCUGAGUCUGAAAGCUCAUUUCUUCAAUAAACUAGCUUUUAAAGGCCAGAUUCGCUUUCCUUACUCCUGGUGAAUGGUACCUCCCUCUACAACU